AUGAAAUCAAUUGCUACAGCUGCUUUAGUUUUGCUAGGAUUUGUCUCUUCUCAAUAAAUUACCAGACCAAUCCACGAACUUACUAAGAAACCAGUGCACGAGAAAAACGAAAUCAGUCAAGCUAACUGGCCAACCGUUAAGUUCUACAAAGAUUACAUAGCAUCAGGUGAUCUCAUGAAGUAUAACUCUCAAACCAAGACUCUAGAGUCACUCCAUGGAUCAAGUGUGUUCGCUUAAGUCGACAACACCAACGACAGAAUGAUUCAAGAUUUCAGUGGAGACAUGUCAGGUCUCGGACUUGGUGAAAUGGUCAUCUAUAUUGAUGCCAAGCAACACGCUCUCUAUCAAAAGUUCGUGCAAGCAAACCAAUGCCACAAAAUGGAUCUACCAGAAGGAUUCUCAUUGAGUGAGACUUACAAGCAUGCCUUUGACCCAGCUUACAACAUCACCUCAUACAAUGGAGUUGAAUCCCUCGAAUGGGAGAAUAAUGCCAACCAAUACCAUGCCUUCCAUGUUAACAUGGGAGUUGGUCAAUCAGAAACCUAUUACUUUGACGUCAAGUCAACUGAACUUAUCUGGACUGUCAGAGAUGAUAAGCAACUUAUUAUCCACACUCCAAAGGGAGUCUAACAAAAAACCUUCAAAGACUCAGACUUUGUUUUGCCAGUUUGCAAGGGAACUUCAGAAGAAUAUAUGGCUUUCCUCGAAUGA